AUGGCGUGGUGUAUAAAGGGCGUGAACAGAUCAGCGCUAUCGGCGUUUGCGCCCAAUGGCCCGUACAUGGCGGCGGGGACGAUGGCGGGUGCGGUGGAUCUGCAGUUCAGCUCCUCUGCCAAUCUGGAUGUAUUCGAGCUCGAUUUCGCGUCGAACGAUCGGCAGCUGAUCCUGGCGGGAUCCGCGCCGAGCUCUGAGCGCUUCAAUCGGAUUUCGUGGGGUAAGGGAUCCGCGGAUUCCGAGGAGUAUUCGCUUGGCCUCGUUGCCGGUGGCCUCGUCGAUGGGAAUGUCGGGCUCUGGAAUCCCAAGUCUCUGAUCUCUUCUUGCACAAAUAAAAAGACUUCUGACACAAUAGAGAAUGCCCUUGUUGCGAAUCUUUCAAGACAUAGAGGACCAGUUCAUGGUUUGGAGUUCAGUUCCCUUAUUCCAAACCUUCUUGCUUCUGGAGCUGAUGAAGGUGAUAUUUUUAUAUGGGAUGUAUCAAACCCAUUGGAACCAAGUCAUUUGUCACCACUCAAGGGUAGUGGAUCUGCUACACAAGGUGAAAUUUCAUUUUUGUCCUGGAAUAGCAAGGCGGAGCGCAUACUUGCUUCCACAUCAUAUAAUGGGACAACUGCGGUUUGGGAUCGGAACAAGCAAAAGCCAGUUAUAAGUUUCUCUGAUUCAAUUAGAAGGAGGUGCUCUGUGUUGCAGUGGAAUCCGGAUGUUGCUACGCAGCUUAUAGUUGCUUCUGAUGAAGAUAGUUCACCUUCUCUCAGGCUGUGGGAUAUGCGGAAUAUAAUGUUACCCGUAAAAGAGUUUGUAGGGCACACUAAAGGAGUCAUUGCAAUGUCGUGGUGCCCCUUUGACAGCUCUUAUCUGCUUACAUGUGCUAAAGAUAACCGAACCAUAUGCUGGGACACCUUAUCUGGAGAGAUAGUGGCUGAACUGCCUGCUGGAACCAACUGGAAUUUUGAUGUGCACUGGUAUUCUAAAAUUCCUGGAGUCAUAUCGGCUUCUUCAUUUGAUGGGAAAAUUGGCCUUUACAAUAUAGAGGGAUGUGGACGUUAUGGCCUUGGUGAAAGUGACUUAAGUGCAGCAUCAUUCAGAGCUCCAAAGUGGUACAAAUCUAAAGCUGGAAUAUCAUUCGGUUUUGGUGGGAAACUUGUUUCAUCUCGAGUUGGAUCUUCUGAGAUCUAUUUGCGUGACUUAGUUACAGAGCAAGGUUUAGUGAGUCGAUCAUCUGAAUUCGAAGUUGCGAUAAAGAAUGGUGACAGAUCAACCCUGAAACUUUUAUGUGAAAGGAAAUCUCAAGAGUCCAAGUCUGUUGAGGAGAGGGAAACUUGGGGCUUCUUAAAGCUUAUGUUCAAUGAGGAAGGGACCUCAACGUCAAAUAUUCUUUCUCAUCUGGGCUUCAGUCAACCAGCUGAAGAAAACAGUACUUUAAAUAAUGAAAUAUCUAAGCAAAUGAAUGCCCUCAACUUAGGUAACAGUACUGAAAAUGGAGAAGUAAUAUCCGAAAACCAACAAUCCUCAUUGCUUGCGACUGAUAAUGGGGUAGAUUUCGUCAAUAAUCUUCAUAGUCCAAAAGCAGAUACACCUAGGUCAACUUUUACGAAUGAAGUUAUAAAUGAGCCACUAGAAGAACUGAAUGGGCAAGGUGAGAGCUCUAGUUCUUCAUUUGAUGAUUCAGUACAGCGUGCUCUAGUCGUGGGGGAUUACAAAUGGGCAAUUGCACAAUGCAUAUCAGAAAAUAGACAGGCAGAUGCUUUGGUCAUUGCUCAUGUCAGCGGCCCUGCCUUGUGGGAGAGUACACGUGAUCAGUACCUGAAUGCUAGUCGUUCUCCUUUUCUAAAGGUGGUUCUUUCUGCCAUGGUGAACAAUGACCUCAUGAGCAUCGCAAAGACAAGGCCACUGAAAUCAUGGAAGGAGACUCUUGCCCUGUUUUGCACAUUCGCACAGCCGGAUGAGUGGGCUCAAUUAUGCAAUACCCUUGCCGCCAGACUCAUGGCCGUUAAUGAUACAGCUGCAGCAACCUUCUGUUAUGUAUGUGCUAGAAAUAUUGUCAAAGUAGUGGAGAUUUGGUCAAGGAAUCUUGGAAGAGAGCACGAUGGAAUUUCCUAUUUAGACCGUCUCCAGGAUUUAAUGGAGAAGACCAUUGUCUUUGCUUUUGCUACUGGAGAGAAGCGAUUCAGUUCUUCGUUAUGUAAGCUAAUUGAGAAAUAUGCUGAAAUACUAGCAAAUCAAGGGCUUCUAAGUACUGCUAUGGAGUACUUGAAUCUUCUGGGGACCGAACAACUAUCCACUGAACUUAUGAUCUUACGUGACCGUAUAGCAUUAUCAACCGAGCCAGGUGUGUUUGCUUUGCCAUCUCUUCUGUCGUAUUCUUAUCAUUUUGAGAUUACCCAACCUAGCUUUUCAGAUCCUGUUUAUCGUGAGAAGUUCUUUGGAAACCCCAUAAUUAAACUUGAUAAAAAUGUAACCUCAACUUAUGAUAAUACUCAAUUACAAAGUGGAUAUGCUUACGGCAAUGGCCAAUCAAGUCAUGGAGUUACUGAUGCAUCUCAAAAUUAUUAUCCGGAUGCAAACUCAUCCCAGGUACAAUCAACUGUUCCAAGCAGCACUUACAGUGAAAAUUAUCAACAGUACAAUGCUCCUCCAACAUAUCAACCAGUUCCUGCACCAAAUAUCCAGCCGACCAGAUUUGUUCCUUCUCCGCCUGUUUCAGCCCCAAUGGCAAGCUAUCCUCUGCCUCCAAUAAAUACUCAGCCUGCUGCAAAGUUUGUUCCUUCAAAUCCUCCUUUGUUGAAGAACCUCAAGCAAUACCAGCAGCCAUCAUCCUUGGGCUCUCAGUUGUAUCCAGUAUGCUACUCCACCUUCACCUUCGUAUCAUGCCCUCCUGUGGUUGCUGCCUAUGAUGCCAACAUUUCUCAAAUUGGACCAGCCUCUGUGCAAUCCAUGCCCCAGAUGUUCACUCCUAAUCCACCUCGCUUUUUUACCCCCGUCAGCAGUAAUUCAGAGGCUCAAAGACCUGGAAUCAAUCAAGUUCAACACCCUCAUAACUCUCAGCCUCCUCAGCAUCAACCAACCGUAACUCCUGCUGGUCCCCCGCCAACUGUGCAGACAGUUGAUACUUCUAAUGUGCCCGCACCACACAAACCUGUUAUCACAACCUUGACGAAACUCUUUAACAAGACAAGUGAAGCUCUGGGGGGACCACUAGCAAACCCGGCCAAGAAGCGGGAAAUAGAGGACAACUCAAAGAAGUUAGGUGCCUUGUUUGCCAAGCUCAAUAGUAGAGACAUAUCCGCAAAUGCAGCAGAAAAGCUUGUACAGCUCUGCCAGGCACUCGACAAUGGUGAUUUUAGUACAGCCCUUCAAAUUCAGGUGCUUCUCACAACAAGUGAUUGGGAUGAGUGCAAUUUUUGGCUGGCUACUCUCAAAAGAAUGAUCAAGACGAGAUCCAAUUUCAGAUAAAUUAUGUAACAGGCUCCCGCUUCUUGCAAGAACCAAUUGACUUCUUUAGGUACCAUGCAGGUUUCAGUCAAACUGAAAAACAGAAUUGAAGAUAAAUUAUUUAACAGACUACCACUUCUUGCAAGAACAUAUGAUCUUAGAUUAGCAUGCAGGUUCCCCCAAACUAAACGAGGCAGAAUUUAAGAUAAAGUAUUUAACAGAUUCGCGAUUUGCAAGAAUUAAUUGACGUCUUUAGAUAACAUGCAGGUUU